AUCUGCAGCAAACCACGACAACCACGACGACGCCGACAAAAUUUCGACAACUUCUUUCUUUCGCUCAUUAGACUGUAUCUGCUUUCUUCCGGGUAGUUCUGCUUCAACUCUAUACCAGACCGAGAGGUUGCGCGACUUGUUUACGAACCGUUUGUUGAUGGGAGUGGACCGACAGCACUAAAUACAAUUCACAAUGUCUCUCGCAGACCCAGGAGCGUCGUCGAUUUCGGUCGCUGUCCGAGUUCGACCUUUCACGAUUCGAGAAGCGGCGCAAGUAACGAAAUGCGACGAUGGAACGAUGUUCCUGGGAGAUGGAUCUCUUGCUGGAGCUCCCGCACCAAGAUUAGGGGGCAAGGGAAUCCGACCAGUGAUCAAAGUCCUGGACGAUAAAUGCUUAAUAUUCGACCCUCCAGAGGAUAAUCCAAUUCAGAAAUUCGGCCGAUCGAUGGUUUCAAAUAUGGGCAAAAGAUCAAAAGAUCAAACCUUUGGGUUCGAUCGAGUCUUCGACGAUAACACGACACAGGGCGAGGUCUACGAAGCUACUACAAGAGGCCUAUUGGAUAGUGUUAUGGAGGGAUACAACGCCACGGUCUUCGCGUACGGAGCAACGGGAUGCGGGAAAACACACACGAUCACUGGAACAGCACAGCAACCAGGAAUCAUCUUCUUGACCAUGCAGGAGUUGUUCGAGAAGAUUGCUGAAAAGAGCGACGAGAAACACACCGAAGUUUCGCUCUCAUACCUUGAAAUCUACAACGAAACGAUCCGCGACCUGCUGGUACCUGGAGGUAGUAAACAGGGGCUGAUGUUACGGGAAGAUGCUAAUCAAGCUGUUUCUGUGGCCGGUCUCUCCAGUCAUCACCCCAAAGAUGUUCAGGAGGUGAUGGAUAUGAUCGUGAAGGGCAACGAAUACAGAACGAUUUCGCCAACAGAAGCAAACGCCACCUCAUCACGAUCCCACGCCGUUCUCCAGAUCAAUCUUGCUCAGAAAGACAGAAAUGCGGAUGUCAACGAACCCCAUACCAUGGCUACACUCAGUAUCAUCGAUUUGGCAGGAAGUGAACGUGCAAGUGCUACAAAGAACCGUGGAGAGAGAUUACUGGAAGGCGCCAACAUCAACAAGUCUCUUCUUGCACUUGGUAGCUGUAUCAACGCGCUUUGUGAUCCCCGGAAAAAGAAUCAUGUCCCAUACCGGAACUCGAAGCUUACUCGACUCCUCAAAUUCUCUCUGGGCGGAAAUUGCAAGACAGUCAUGAUUGUCUGUGUAAGUCCGUCGAGCGCUCACUUCGACGAAACACAAAAUACUCUACGAUAUGCCAAUCGUGCAAAGAAUAUCCAGACCAAGGUUACGAGGAAUGUGUACAAUGUCAAUAGACACGUCAAGGAUUUCUUGGUGAAGAUUGACGAGCAGAUGGCAUUGAUCAACGAGCUUCGAGCACAGCAAAAAGACUCUGAAGGUGCUGCGUUUGUCAAAUUCAAGAAGCAGAGCGAGAAGCGCGAUGGUAUUGUCAGAGAGGGAAUAAUGAGAAUUCGUGCAGCAUUCGAAAAUUCGGCUUCGGAGAGGCAAGAGAAGGCUGGUAACAUGAAGAAACUGCGUCAAGUUGAGCGUCGGAUCAGCUUGUUGUCUUCCUGGAUAGGUGCAUUUGAUAACAUCUGCGAUUCUCGAGAGGACGAGGACAUGCCACCAAGUCUUGUGGCAAUGCGAAAGACGGCUAGUGGAAUCCUGGUUGAGCUUGAAAAUAGCAGGCAACACUACCAUCAACGACUAGAGAAGAUCAACUGGGAACGCUCGCUCGACUCUGCGCUUCAGAAUAGCGUUCGCUUACUCGCCGAUGCCGAUGGUGCGGAUGGAGUUGAAGCUGCAAGCUUAGCACGCGAAGCAGAGCUCUUGAAGGCUAAUGCUGUCAGAGAUGCCUUGAGAGAAGUCUAUGAGCAAGAUAAGGGCGGUGAUUCGGAAAUCAUGCAGGUCCUGCUGUCUGCCCAAUUCGACAUGAUCUCUUCCCUCAGCGAUAUCCUCAGUAUGAGCGAGCAAGAUGCCGUUCAGCACGCAAAGACUGUCCUCAAACGUCUGCUCCAAGCAGGCACUACUGCAGCUUCGCAUGUUAUCAAGCCAGAUGGUUCUCUGAAGGUAGUCGAAGCUUUCCCUCCGACCAAGCGUGGAACACCAAAGCGCAAGAAGCCAGCGUAUGCUCCUACAAACGCCGCCCCGAUUGCAAUGCCACCUCUGGCUGCAGUUGCACCACAAGUCUUCUCGUCACCAAUGAAGUCUUCGCCCCGCCGAAGAAAGGUUGUUGCAGGAAAGAAGGGUAUCUCUUUCACUCCCAAGAAGCGCAGUGUUCGAUGGCGAGAUGACACAGAUUCUGGAGCCCUCGCAGAGUUCGAGAAAACCCCACAGAAGCAAGAAUCAACUCCUGAGGUAUCUUCGGUCGAGCAAAGUAUAACUUUGCCGGCAUUGCCAUCAUACCUUUCCGAGGAUGUCUCAAACGACUCUCUCGGCUCAUCCCCAAUUCCACAAGCUCCGGAGCCAUCUUUUGAAAUCAAGCCCAAGGCCAAUCGGUUCCAAGCUGGAUUCUUGUCGAAAAAGUCAGAAGGAUCCCCUCCACCUCCCACUAUUACGAAUCUCUCGUCGUCGGACAAUGAUCAAUCCCCGUUGCGUGAUAUCAUUGCAUCCAACGCCAUCAACCGUACUUCACUUAACAUAAUGCAGACAGCCAAGAACAGCAUCACGCCUACGGAUAGCGGUAAUAACUCUUCAUCAGAAGGAGAAAGCGGAUGGCAAGUCGAUCGCAUCGAAGGCGCCAAAAUCAGCAAAGCACUAAAGCGCUCCGGCUCCAUCUCAAGAGCAUCCAACGUCCACGACUCCGCCACUCGAACCCACCGACGCGCCAGGAGCCCAACAGCAGCGACCAUGUCUGGCUCGCCACCGAACGAGAACAACCUCUUCACGGCAAGCCAUGCCAGACGGAUGGUCAACAGCCAGAAGGAAUCGUCGUUCUCGGCUAGUGUACUCAGCCCUCGCACUGCGCCCGUUGUCAAGAACCAUAUGAGGCGCACUACCAUUGGUGAAGGUCGUCAGGUUAGUGGGACGAUGGCUAGUGCGGCGGUUAGACUUAAUGGCACCAUUGGUAGUACGCCGAAGGCUAGGGAGAGUGUUGCUGGUAUUGUUGGUAAGGGCGGAUGGAGAUGAGUGAUGAGUGAGUAGAUAGCCAUGUUGUGGUUGAGGUUGUGGUUUUGGUUCUUGUAUGAAUAUCUUUGAGGGGGAUGGAGUUGUUGUGGUUGUUGAUUUCUGCGGUUUUGUGUUUCGCAUCGCAUUCAUUUGCAUGGAGGCAGGCGUCUGCAAGCAAGCAAGCAAGCAUGAUGAUAAUGACUUUCCUGUAUCUUUUUGCGGCGUCCUGAGUUUUGGCGUGGGGGGCGACUUGAGGAAAGGGGUGUUUGCUUGUUUGUUUGUUUGUCGUCAUAUCAUAUCAUAGGUUAGGGCGGUGGGGACUUCGUCUGUGCAGAGUGUAUUACAGUAGUUGUUGAACCGAAUUGAAUUGAAA